AUGGAGUUGAAUGGAUGCGAUGACGAGGACGAGGCACUGCGUCGCGCGAUCGCCAUGAGUCUUGGCGAGUCCACGACUGCAACCGCGCCCACGACUGACGACGACGCCCAAGGCAGUGCCAACAACGUCGACAAAGCCCGCAGCCAAGGCCAUGCCCAAGACGAGGCCAACACUCACGCGUCCUCAGCAGGCGGCUUGGCUAUGGGGAUGCUUGGCAUUGACCGCAAGAAAAUGGAGGAGGAGCGCUUGGCACGAUUGAACAAGCGCAAGGCAGGGCCUGCAAAUCUCGACACCCACCCCAACGGCGGUCACAACUCAGACCUGCCGCCGGCUCAACGUCCGCGGCUCCUGAGUGGCUUGCCCAGCCUGCCUCGCCAUUCCACCGGAUCACCCGGGAUGUCCCAGCCUGCCCUGCCAACCGCAAUCUCUAGCCUGAACUCAAACUCCAACGCCAGUAAGGGAGUUUCCGAGACUGGCAUCUCCUACGCGCAGGGCUCCGUCCGAAGGACUCGUGCUCUGGGAUAUGCCCGUCGGGACGACGACAUCACCCUCGAGGAGGUCUUGCAGAGCGACUCUCUCGAGCUCGCUGUGCUUAGCUCCUUCCAGUGGGACGAGGAGUGGCUCAUGAAGAAGCUAAAUCUGAGGAAGACCAAGGUACUUCUGAUAGCUUACGCCCCGGAUGAAGACGAGAAAGCCAAGAUGCGAAACAAUGUGCCCCAAGAUGUGAUCAGGUUCUGCUUUCCGCCGAUGAUGGAUCAUGGUUGUAUGCACUCCAAGCUCAUGCUGUUGAAAUACCCGAGGUACCUCCGCAUAGUCAUCCCGACGGGCAAUCUCGUUCCCUACGAUUGGGGUGAGUCGGGCGUGAUGGAAAAUAUGGUGUUCCUGAUCGACCUGCCUCGGAUUGAUAGCCCCGCCAGAGUUGCAGCCAAUGCACUCACCCAUUUCGGAGCGGAGCUGCAAUUUUUCUUAGAGCGUCAGGGCGUGGACGGGAAAAUGGUCAACAGCCUGCGCAACUAUGACUUCUCUGAAACAUCCCGCUAUGGGUUCAUACACACAAUUGGAGGUUCCCAUCCGAAUAUCGACACAUGGGCACGAACAGGUUAUUGUGGACUCGGUUCUACAGUGAAGACCUUGGGACUUGGCAGUGAUGAGUCCGUUGAGGUUGACUACAUCUGCUCGUCCAUCGGUGCCGUCAACAGCGAUCUCAUGGCUGCUCUGUACAACGCCUGUAAAGGCGACUCUGGCAUGAUGGAGUACGAAGCCAGAACGGGGAGACGAAAGAAGAACAAGGAUGCGUCUCCUGGGGUCAAUCAGCCGGCCUUCAAGGAGCAUAUGCGGGUGUAUUUUCCCUCUCGUGAUACCGUACGAACCAGUCGAGGCGGGAUGAACUCAGCCGGCACGAUCUGCUUCCAGCCACGAUGGUGGGAUUCCAAAUCAUUCCCUAGAGAAGUUCUCCGGGACUCCAAGAAUGUGCAGGCAGGUUUGCUUUCCCACAGCAAGCUGUUCUUUGUACGGAGGCCAGCAUCUGGAGACGAGGGAACACGUGGUGGAUGGGCAUACCUGGGGAGCCACAACCUUUCAGAAAGUGCCUGGGGCCGCCUCGUCAAAGAUCGAAACACAGGACAGCCCAAGCUAAAUUGUCGCAACUGGGAGGCUGGCGUUUUGAUCCCUGUAACGACACCAACACCAAGACCCAGCAGUAACCCCAACACCGGCGGGACACCCACCGACCGGCCUGGCGAGGGGGAGAGCAUGCUGGAUGCCUUCCAGGGUGCGGUACCCAUCCCUAUUCAACUGCCCGGCACCCCUUACUGGAACGGUCACGAGGUAACAUUACGCCCGUGGUUCUAUCAGGACGCUUGA